AUGGAACGAUUUCUUCGUCCGCCCGACACUACAAAGAGCAGACAAACAACACCUGAUGAACAUGAACCGAAAACAAAAAGGCUGAGAAGAUACGACGAAAGUUUCUUACAAUUUGGAUUUACCAGCGUGCUGGAAAGAAACAAGCAAAGGCCGAAGUGUCUUCUGUGUUCGGCCGUGCUGUCUGCGGAGAGUCUCAAACCCAACAAGCUGAAAAGGCACUUUGAAACAGUGCACAAAGAACAUCUCGGUAAACCCCUAAGUUUUUUUGAAAAGAAAUGUGCUGAGCUUAAUCAGCAGCGAUCUUAUUUCAAAAAGGCUGCGACGGUGAGUGAUGGGGCACUGAAUGCAUCGUUUGAAGUUAGCUACCUCAUUGCGAAAACCAAGACCCCACACACAAUCGCAGAGACGCUAAUUAUGCCCGCUGUCCUCAAAAUGGCAAAAGCAAUGGGUGAGGAGGAGGUGGGAAGAAAAUUUAAAGCGAUUCCUCUGUCUGAUAAUACAGUUAAGAGACGAAUCGAUGCUAUUGCCGCUGAUCAGGAGAGCACGCUAGCAGAGAAACUCCGUGAUUCCCCAGCCUAUGCUCUUCAAAUGGAUGUAAGCACCGAAGGCAAAAAUGCCCACGCAUUGACAUUUGUUCGAUUCUUAGCAGAAAAUGCCAUUCAGGAGGACAUUCUAUACUGCCUGCCUCUUCCCGAGCACGAGACUGCACAGGCAAUGUACGAUGUUCUUCAGGAUUACAUGGAGAAACACAGAAUUCCCUGGGAGAAUAUGGUGGGAUUUUGCACAGACGGGGCUCCGUCUAUGGCCGGACGGCGAAAUGGUUUGAGGACACUUGUCAUUCAGCGAGCACCAUCUGCACUGUGGAAUCAUUGCAUGAUUCAUCGGGAACAACUGGCAUCUAAAGAACUGAGCGCGUCCAUCGCAGGCAUCAUGCAACAGGUGGUAGCCAUGGUGAACUACAUCAAGCCACAUCCUCUGCGAGCACGCCUGUUCGCAAAGCUAUGCGUCGAUAUGGGCUCUGAAUAUGAAGAUCUGCAUUUUCACACAGACGCCCGGUGGUUGUCGAGAGGCAACACGUUGGAGCGGUUUUUCAAGCUGAGAAACGAACUGUUGGCGUUUUCAAUGGAUGUGAAAAAAAACGAUUUCGUUGACUUUCUCUGUGACCAGCAGAAAAUGUGCCUCCUUGCAUAUGCCACGGACAUAUUCAGAAAACUUAACGAACUGAACACAAGCAUGCAAGGAAAAAAUAAGAAUGUCAUGCAGAUGAGUGAUCGGAUUGAUGGAUUCAGGGCCAAAAUCACACACUGGAGAGGAAGUCUUGCAAAGGGAAACUUCACGCAUUUCCCCCAGUUAAGUCAGUUUUUGGAAGACAACAGCAUCGACAAGUGUUCUACAAUGGAGAUGUGCAGCCACCUGGAACGGCUUGAGGAGCACUUUGCCACAUACUUUCCAGAUGUGGAUAUGUCAAAGUUUGAAUGGGUGAGGAAUCCGUUUCACUGUGAUGUGAGCGCAGUGGACCUUCCUGCCACCGCGAUAGAACAGCUGAUUGACAUGUCUCGUGACAAAAUGCACCAGCAAUUACAUUCGCGCGUGCCAGUGGAAGAAUUCUGGUUUGGAGCCAGAGAGGAGUACCCCGAGAUCGCACUGCGUGCUUUGAAACUGUUGGUUCCUUUCGGAAGCACUUACCUUUGUGAAGCUGGAUUUAGUGCACUUGUCUGUAUGAAAUCAAAGUACCGCUCGCGUUUGGAUGUUACGUCAGAGAUGAGAUGCGCACUCUCUACCACAGAACCGGACUUUGAAAGGCUGCAGAGAAGUGUGAAGGCUCAGACAUCUCAUUAG